CAACCACGACCGAACCAUCGCGACUGCUUGCGCCUUGAUUCAAACGCUCUUCAACACUUGAUUCAAGCUCGUACCUUCAUCUUCACACAUCCUUGCAUGCGAAAACAGCUAUCACUUGCACCGGCGCGCCCGUGUUUACAUCAUGGGGACGCGCAACAAUCCCAGCCCCGGCGGUCUUCGACCAGGCCUCGAGAACUCUACGAAGAGAACUCGAACCCGCAAGCAGCCUACUAGAGCCUCCAAGAUGGCGACUGUCGAAAACGCAUCCGAUUCUGAAGGGGAAGUCGCGACCAUGACUGAACCACGAACCCAAACUCAAAAACCUACCUUUCAAUUCACAUUCGAACCUCCCUCCUCCGCACCCCGACUUCAGACUGAGCAAGCACUCGCCCAAUUAGUAGAGGCUGUAGAGUCCCGACCCGUCGCACCUCUUCGUUCUACUCGUCGCCAUAAUACCCGAUCAUCCUCUCGAUCCGUUUCCCCUUCGCUUCUCAGUUCCGAACACACUGGUCACACCGAAGACCCAAAGCCAAAGGGCAAGGGCGCGGGCCGACCGAGAUCUACAUCAGCUUCUUCCACUCGCCAAGGUGUUGAAGCAACCAACGCGCGCGGUGGAAAACGCAGCCGAGCCGAUUCGGAGAACCGCGAUGUUGUCGAUGCACAAACCACCAAGCGUGCCAAAGUCAACCACACCGACCCCUCCGAUCGCCCUCAACCCGCUACUCGAAAGCGCAAAAACAAUCUUAGAAACCAAGUUCCUGGUUCUCCGAUCCCCGAAGUUCCAGAGGAAGAAGACGCUAGCGACAACAGAUCCGUUAAGCGCAAUAAGCUUCCGCAAGAAGAGUUGGAGUUCUCAUACGUUCACAUAAUCAAUACCUACUCUCCUCAACCACCUCGACAACCUUCUCAUCCUGCUGAAGAACAGACCGAAGAAGCCAUCUCGGAGCAUUCCUCUUCACGCGCCCCACAACUGACUUCCAUCAAUCAAUCUACUGAAACGCAUGCACUUGCACAAGUUGAGUCUUCUCAGCGCAGUGAUGCCAAGUCGAAACCAACCGAGAUUGCUGAACAGCGAGCAAUCCAUGGCACGCCUACUUUAUCAACCCCACAACAACCUGUCAUCGAACGUACCGAUGCACAGAGCAGCUACAGACGACUUGAGCCGGAAGGUAUUGAUCAACAGCGAUCAACACUGCGCAACCGCCUAGAUCCCGCAUCCUCCACCCAGGCACCAAAACCGUCCUAGUGAAGAAUCCGAUCGACAUCUUCGAAGAUUCUGAGCAUGAAGAGGACGAGACUUGCUACAACGACAAAGAGUUCAAGGAAUGGAAAGAAGAUUUGAGGGUGGCAAAAAUUGCUUACGAGAAAGUCCGGUCGGGUGAAAGACUCCCUGAAGCAGAGCCAUCCGGUCAUGGAAAGCAACGUAGAAUUACCAGACGCAAGCCCGG